CCCACUGUGGAAGGUAUAAAUAGAGAUUUGUGGCAGUGGACACCUCGCAGUCUGAUUCAAUAUCAAGCUGUGCGUCUCGCUUUAGGCUUCUGCUUGCAUUUCCAACUGCUGUCGCCAUGAGUUGCAACAUUAAGGAGACGAUUACGGUGUCUAGCAAAGGCAGGAGCAGUGGUGGCAGCUGUAUAAUUGGUGGUGGUGGAGGAGCACGGAUUUCUUCCUAUGGGAUAGGCAGUGGCAGAGGUUUUUCUGGAAGGAGCUACUGCGGUGGAGUGAAUUAUGGAGGGGGACUGAGUGUUGGUAGUUUGGCUGGCGGGAGCUAUGGAGGUGGCAACUGCUAUGGCAAUGGCCUUGGUUUUGGCCUUGGAGGUGGUGUGGUCGUUGGUGGUCUUGGUGGCGACUGUUUGCUGUCGUCCUGCGAUGAGAAGGUCACCAUGCAGAAUCUCAACGACCGCCUGGCUUCCUACCUGGACAAGGUGAAGUGCUUGGAGAAGGAAAAUGCUGAGCUGGAGUGCAGGAUCAGAGAGUGGUAUGCGACACAGGGCCUGUCCUGUGAGCCCCGGGACUACAGCUGCUAUUACAAAGAAAUUGAAGAUCUUCAAAAUCAGAUUGUCUGUGCAACCAUCGACAACAACAAGAUCAUUCUGGACAUCGAUAACAGCAGGAUGGCCGCUGAUGAUUUCCGAGUGAAGUACGAGACGGAGCUGGCCCUUCGCCAGAGCGUGGAGGCCGACAUCAACGGCUUACGCCAAGUCCUGGACCAGCUGACGCUCUGCAGGUCAGACCUGGAGGCGCAGCUGGAGUCGCUGCGGGAGGAGCUUUGCUGCCUCAAGAAGAACCACGAGGAGGAAAUGAAUUGCCUGAGGAAACAAUCAACUGGAGAUGUGAGCGUGGAGGUCAAUGCCUGCCCUGGACCAGAUCUCAGGCAAAUCUUGGAGGAUUUGAGAUGCCAGUAUGAAACACUGAUAGCGCGCAACCGCAAGGAAGUGGAGGAUUGGUACGAGUGCAAGAUUGAGGAGGUGAAUCGGGAGGUGAUUACAAGCGGUCAGGAGGUGGAGACGUGCAACAACCAGGUUACGGAACUGAGACGCCAAUUGCAAGCCCUGGAGAUCGAUCUGCAAGCUCAGCUCAGCCAGAGAAAUAAUCUGGAAUCCUCUCUGGCUGAGACCGAGUGCCAGUACAACACGCUGCUCGGUGAGCUGCAGAACCAGAUCACGUGCGUGGAGCAGCAAUUGGCUGAAAUCAGAGCAGAAAUCGAGUGCCAGAACCAAGAAUACAAGACCUUGUUGGAUGUCAAGUGCCGUCUGGAGCAGGAGAUUCAGACCUACCGGUGCUUGUUGGAAGGAGGACAGCAGGACCUUAUUCACGGCGGGGGAAUCGGAGUGGGAACCGGUGUAGGAGGAGGCGUCAUUCGGACGAGUCACACCUACACUACAACUACAGCGUCCCACUGCCAGCCCCAGGUCCCACCCUGCAAGACUGGAGAUAUACAAGUGACCUGCAGAAGAAUUUGUGAUUAAGGAGGAACGGAGUGGAAGAUGAUACAGAGAGAAACCCACAGACAAAACAAGAACACUGGCUGUUCACCACAUGCCUCUCUGCCAAGAAAGUAGAAGUAACUCAGCGACGCUUUGCCAUGUAUCCAAAGGGGCCUUUCGGGGCCACCUUCUCUGGUCUGCUCUGUUCUGUAAUGCUCUCUAGAAGCUACUUGAGUUAGUCAGGAUCACUAAUGUACCUGCUGGUGAAAAAAUUUCUCUAAUAAAACUUCGCUUCUGCCUGAUGCAAUCAAGAAA